GGGGGAGGGAGCAGGUACCCGGCAACAGGCGAAUACUAUGUGCAAGCGAGCUUUCAGUCAGUAAAGCUUGCCGCUCAGUCGUGUUCGGAAGCUCCCACACUUCGCCCGCGCUCGCCUCACUCGGCCGACGAACCACGAUACUCGAAACACCAAGUUCUGUGUUCACCAGUGACAAUAACAAAUAUGUAAAAUUAUCGUGUUUUUUUUUUUCUCGUGAAAAUGUACACAGUUGUAUUUCUGAAGUAAAUUGCCUGUGGCUGGGAUCUGGCAACGAUACACGCUGUUGACAGCACAAAAUGGAGACUGACAAAAUGUCCACGGCAUCCUCUGUGGGGGCAGCGGAGCGGAGGCCACUGAUGCAAGCCCUGGUGAUUGAGAGACGGAUUCUCUUCGCCUGUACAGUACUGAUUGGCUUAUGCACCUUUAUAUGGAUCACGGCAGUGUGCACAGAAAAAUGGGUCGUCAUAAACGGCGGGCCGCAUGGUAUUUACCUGCCGUCGAACAGGUACUUGCUAUGGAGUGAGUCAGGAGUGUGGGAGAUCUGUCGACAUGUGUUCCAGCCAGACAUACUGAUUGCCAUUAAGACCAACGCCUCAAUCACCACUACUCCAUGGCCGCCUGAUGGCAGAGGAUUGAAUGGAACUACUAUCACAAAAUGUACAAACUAUCUAUCUCAGCCUAUCUUGGAGAAUGGCAAGUUCCUCGACCCAGCCUACAAUAUAGACGUAGCUAACUACGUCCGUACGAUGGUAUCCUUCGGCAUCAUCAGCCUGUUCGUGAUGGCGAUGGGCUGCGGCUUCUCCGUGUACACCUUCCAAAAUCCCCGCUACAUGUUCAAGAGGCUCGCCGCAGGCAUUCAUUUCAUUAGCACCUCUUGCACAUUUGUGGUUGUGCAAGUAAUGAUGUCAACAGUGGACCAUUUGAAGAAGAACGUGCGAUUUGUGUAUCCAGAACGUGCUAAUCAUAGUUACCACAUCAGUUUCUUCCUGGCCUGGUUCGUGGUCCUCGUCAACUUUUGCGCAGCUGCCUCGUUCCUCUUGUACUCCCGGAAGAGAAAAGGCGACAAAGCUGCAACAGACGAACUUGCUAUGGCUGACGAACCCACAAUCAUCGGCCGAUGACGCCGCAGGUCACCUUCCAAGCUGCUGAGGGACUUCCUUACUUUACUGAACACUGCUCAAAUGACCAAUAGCUGUAACAACGUUCGAAAGUCUUCCAUAACACGUACGCCAAAAGGAAAAUACGAAUGAUGACCAAACGAAACAGCAAGCAUCAAGCAUCCCACAGGGUUUACGGGAUUUAUGAACUUACGCGUACGAAUAAGGAAUAGGACUGGGACUGAAUCGUGGAAUUAGGUGCUUCUCGCUCGUGCGCUAUUGUCGUUUGUAUAUCGUAUUCAUUUACACUUGUUACUGUUCCGCUAUUACUAGUCCUAUUCUUUAUCUUAAUGCAAAUAAAUCUGCCCUCACUAUCUGAUAAUUGCGUAGAUAUUUCGUUGCCGAGGUGAAAACUAGAGUGAUCAGUCUAUGUUGUGGUCAAAACAGUUGACUGUCCUUGAAGCCUAAAAAUUACACCCAAUACAUAACUUUAACGCCUUGUUAAUAUUAUAAGAGCCAAAAAAAUAUUUAUAUUGCGACAUUUUUUAUUACUCGCUUGCAAUUUUUAAGUGAAUACGUAUUUGAAAGUAUUCGUAUACUCGCCUCAGACUUGUACUUAGAUUUAAUGGACUAUUGUUAAACACCAAUAUAUUUGCUAGAUUUUUCUUAUAAACACUGUGUUUUCGUAAUAUAAAGUAUGUUUGAACGUAAGAUUUUCGACAUCAACAUCUUUGUAUAGUGAUUGCGGGUGUUUAAUUCUCCAUUGGCCUAGUUUUUAAACCGAAUAUUCUGUAUAUUCUUGUGGUUUACAAGCCACUGAAAAUGCAGUGUUAUUAUAUUGUUAAAUAAGUUAUUUAGUGUGCAUUGUGCGACCAGAUAUGAAAGGAAUAUUUCACAUUUAGCGGUUGGAUUAGAGUUGCAACAUUGAGUGUGUGACAGACAGACAAAAUGUAUGAACGCAAUUACUAAAUAUGUGUUUGAUUAUUCAUUUCUUUAACAAUUUUACUGAACUCAUAUUAUUUAUGUAUAUAAAACAAAUUUUUUUAUAAAUAUCUGUGUUGUAUUUGAAAAAUCAGACCAUUGUUUGACAUCUAUCUAAAUAAAAAUUAUAUCCAUAUUCUAGUCAAUAUGUAUAGAUAUGUUAACAAAUCACAAUUACUAUUAUACGUUUACACUUUAAACGCUACACUUCAUAUCUACUAACAAAAACAUCAGUAAAAUUAUAAUAAAAUGUACAAAUACAUGAAGAUUUGAAUAUAAAGAAUUGAAAAAAGCUAAAUAAAUAAUUUUUGGUCAUCUAGAUAUUUCAUAAAUUUUAAAUAAUAUUCUUGGGACCAAAAUAAUUCGGUCGAAUUGUUAGUCGGCUGUGCUUUAAUCCCAAUAAUUUUCAAUCUUUUCAUUACUAUCAUCCGUGAUAGAAUUAUGAACUUGCCAAAAUUAUGUAAAGCAUAAACAUUAACAAUAAUAAAUAAGCGGUGUAAUUACUUAUAAUUAGUGCUGUAUUCGAAACUGUUGUUAUAAUUACAAUUAUUAUUCUAAUCAUACAACUCUUUGAAUACUUUUGUGAAGACAAAAUAUUGUUUUAGAGGAAUCAAAAUAUUAACAUUCAUUGGUGACGACAGAAGCAGUUUAAGUUUUAAUUCUGUUCUCACAUUAGGCAUUUCUUUUGUAACCGUAAAUAAAUUGUUUAAAAAUAAAGCGCCACUUCACAGUGGUGCUAAUUCCAGUAUACACCAUCUAAUUUUAUUUUAAGUUAUACCUGUCAUUUUCUUAUACACCUGAAAAGAAAGAGAUGGGUAAUCGACAGGCAUAAAAUUUAUGGUGCACACGCUACGAUAAAAUAUUAUUUAUUCGUAGUGCACACGUCUAUUUUAGACAGCAAUUUAAGAAACCCUCCCAAAGUUUUACAUUGGCCAAUAACGUUCACAGGAUACGUCAAACGGGUUGCAUAUCAGCGAGAUGACUAUUUUAUUCGCCCGGGUUAUUCAAUCAUAUUAAAAUUAACAGUUGUCAAUCCUCCGUCCCUAUCCUUUUCGGCGGGAAAGAAAAUGACGGGUAUAAUUUAAAAUAAAAUUAGGAGGCGUCUGCAAGAAUUGGGGCAACACUGGCCAGUGUUCGCUUUUAGGUAAAUUUCUCAUUAGUUUACAAUUUUUACAAAUUUUUCGUUGAUUCAAUGUAUAUACAGGGCUAUAUUGAAAAUAAUCCUGUAUAUAUGACGAUGCCUUUGCAAUGUAACUAUCAAUUCGGUACCCUUCGUAAUACAUUUUAUGUAGGUAAGUGUUUACUUGUUGAUUCCUUCCGUCCGAGUAAUCUGUUGAUUUUAACAAAGACAACUGCAAAUAUAAAGAUAGAAGAAAAUAGUCCCUACUUACUACUAUUUAAGUUGUUGUUACCUUACCUAUGCCUCAACAUCACUAGAUAUUUGAAAAUUACAGAAUGUAUGUUAAGAGUGGUAUUGUUUAUUCCAAUCUGUUGGCAUUAUCGCGUGUAUUGAUGUUAUGUACGUUAUUUCUUUUUAUAAUUAAUUCUUCUUUUUAAAUAAAUGCCUUAAAACAGUU